AUGACUUCCUUUCAUUCAUUCAUCCCUUCCUUCCUUCCUUCUUUCCUUCCUUCCUUCUUUCCUUCCUUCCUUCCUUCCUUCCUUCUUUCCUUCCUUCCUUCCUUCCUUCCUUCCAUGCCUUUUCUCUAUUGUUUUCUCCCUUCCUCAUAUAUAUUUCCUUACAUCCUUUCCUUCCAUUCAUUUAUACUUUCCUUUCAUUCAUUCAUUCCUUCCUUCCUUCCUUCCUUCCUUCCUUCUUUCUUUCCUUCAAUUCUUCCUUCCUUCCAUUCAUUUAUACCUUCCUUCCUUACACUCCUUCCUUCCUUCUUUCCUUCCAUUCUUCCUUCCAUCCAUUCAUUUAUACCUUCCUUUCAUUCCUUCCUUCCUUACAUUCCUUCCUUCUUUCCUUCCAUUAUUCCUUCCUUCCAUUCAUUUAUACCUUCCUUUCAUUCAUUCCUUCCUUUCAUUCCUUCCUUCCUUACAUUCCUUCCUUUCUUCUGUUCAUCUAUACAUUCCUUUCAUUCAUUCCCUCAUUCAUUCCUUCCUUUCAUUCCUUGUUUUCAUUCCUUUCUUCCUUCCUUCCUUACAUUCAUUUCUUCUUUUAGUGAGUACAUGGACAAACCCUCUCUGAUGACAACCUUAUCUGCCUUUUUUAUACUUCAUUCUCAUGUCCCUUGGUGA